GUGUGGCCUUCCCUUUCAAAAAAAAAAGCCCUGUAGCCGGGAGCAAGAAAAGAAGCAACGAAACUCUACCCCUUUCCCUUAUUAAUAGUACAACACAAUGGCAGCACAAGUCUCCAGCGACGGAUGCAAGGCACUCUAUGUCGGCAACCUCGAUCCUCGAGUAACAGAAGAAAUGCUGCAGCAAAUCUUUUCAGUCAUCUCACCCGUGGGUAAUGUCAAGAUUAUUCGCGAUCGAAACUACACUCACGGUGGUUUCAACUAUGGUUUUGUGGAAUUCAACGAGCAUACUGCAGCAGAGCAAGCACUUCAAGCCAUGACGGGUCGAUCUGUUUUUGGACAGGAAAUCCGCGUGAACUGGGCUGCUCAAGGAUCGGCUCAAAAGGAAGAUACCACGGGCCAUUACCAUAUCUUUGUGGGCGAUCUUAGUCCCGAAGUAACAGAUGAAGUGCUCACGAGUGCUUUUACACCUUUCCGCACAUUAUCAGAGGCACGUGUGAUGUGGGAUCAGUCAACCGGCAAAUCCCGAGGUUUUGGCUUUGUGGCUUUCCGUGAACGUGCCGAUGCCGAGCAGGCCAUUGCAACCAUGAAUGGCGAAUGGUUAGGCUCCCGUGCUAUCCGAUGCAAUUGGGCGAAUCAAAAGAACACAGGUGCAGCUGCUGCUACUCAAGCCAGUACUCCAUACUUAAUAUCGCAGAACAUGUCUUACGAGCAGAUAUUCGCACAAACCUCCCCGUACCACACCAUUGUAUACAUUGGCAACUUGCCCCAUGGCAUAACCCAACAAGAUCUUGCUCCUUACUUCCAACAAUACGGCUAUGUUUCGGAUAUUCGUCUACAAAGUGAACGUGGUUUUGCCUUUGUCAAGAUGGAUACCCACGCUAAUGCAGCUACCGCGAUCUAUGCAUUACAAGGUUUCCAGAUCCACGGCAGACCAGCAAAAUUGUCGUGGGGCAAAGACCGCAACGUCAGCAACAACAACAACAACAGAGCAUCUUAUGAUCCUUAUUCGUCGUACAACUAUGCCACAGCGACCGGUUACGGCGCGCAGAAUUGGGUACAGCCAGGCGCGUAUGAUAUGCAGCAACAACGUCCAGCCGGCGCUGGUUCUCAAGGAAACCUUGGCACAGAUGGAUCCGCCGCCGCUGCCGCUGCCGUGGGAAGUGCAGCAGCAACAGGAUGGAACCAACAACAACAGCAACAGCAACAACAGCAGUACUAUCAGCAAUACUACAGUGCUGGACACAACAUGAAUAUAUAAAUUAUUUUUUCUCUUCUUUUUUUUUGGUGCAAAAGAGAUGAAAAAAGAGGCAAAACACUUGCUACUAACCAACAAAACAAAAAUUGGUUUCCAUCAUUCAAUCCACCUCAUCAAAUUUACAAUUAUAAUAAAAACCAAAACUGCGAACAAUUGGAG